UUGGUAUUCAGAUAAGCGUCAAAAUAAUUUAGCGAUAAGUGGUUAUUUUGCUAUCUAGCUAACGUGCUAAUAUUAUUGUCGUGACGUUGUUUAGCUUUUGUAUGGUCCAAUUAAUAGGAUCAACAGCUAUAUCACAGGAAAAUACUGUCCUUAUGAAAUCAAAACUAAAGUAUUUUACAAUAUUCAACGACUUUCAUGACGUAAACUAGAAUUGCACAUCUGAAUUUAAACGAGAAUUUGCUGCCAUGCCGGUGCACCGCGAUCGGGAGAAGAAGGAGAAUACAGCAGAGGAGAUGGAGGUGGAGGAGCAGGAUCAGGAUGGGUCUAGCUCAGAGGAGGAAGAUUCAGACACUUCCUCAGUCUCAGAGGAUGGCGACAGCUCGGAAAUGGAUGAGGAGGAUUGUGAGCGGAGAAGGAUGGAGUGUUUGGAUGAAAUGUCAAAUCUGGAGAAACAGUUCACCGAUCUUAAAGACCAGCUGUAUCGAGAACGCCUCACUCAGGUAAACAGCAAGCUUUCAGAGGUGGAGGCCGGCCGUGCAGCAGAAUAUUUGGAUCCUCUGGCAGUGUUGUUGGAAAACAUGCAGGUCCGCACAAAGGUGGCAGGCAUCUACAAGGAGUUGUGCUUGGAGUCUGUGAAGAAUAAGUAUGAGUGUGAGAUCCAGGCAGCGUGCCAACACUGGGAGAGUGAAAAGCUGCUACUGCUUGACACAGUUCAAAGUGAGCUGGAGGAGAAGAUCAGAAGACUGGAGGAAGACAGACACAGCAUCGAUAUAACAUCAGAGCUGUGGAAUGACGAGUUAUCAGGGAGGAAGAAAAGAAGAGACGCUUUAAGUCCUGAUAAGAAGAGGAGACGGCCUUCAGUGGUGUCUGGCCCUUAUAUAGUCUACAUGCUUCCUGAUUUGGACAUUUUGGAGGACUGGACAGCUAUUAGAAAGGCUGUUGCCACCCUGGGCCCUCAUAGAGGGAAGGUGGACUCUGACAACGCCAGCUUCCCAUUCAGAACGGACAGAAACCGACCUAUUCUCAACUGUUGAGACAGAAGCAACUCCACAGAUGUGAUCCCGGACACAUGCGCAACACAACCUUUUGUACCAACACAAAACACGCACAAAAAAACGUCAAUCAGCUAGUGCACAUGUGAGAACCAUGUGAGUAAGCUGGAAGACACCAAUGGCAGACAGUCUGACUCGCUUUAAAGAAAAAGUAAUUUUCUAUUAGGGCCCAAAACAGGACAGCAAAUUAUUGAUUUCAUUGCAAAAUAUGAGAACAGGAACAGGAUUCUCAAUGAGCAUAUUCUUCCUAAAUGUGAUCAUGUUUAAUAAUCCUAUUGAAAUGUACAUGUUUCCAUGAGGAUUUCAACAGUUAGCUCAAUGUGACUCACUAUGCUCAGGUCAGCUCAGCACCUUUUCCCUGUUUAUUUUGUUGUCACACGAUUCCAAAUCAGUGGAAUAUUUGACAAUUUGCCUCAGCAUUUUGCUCAACAGCGUCUUUGUGAACAGUGACAUUUAUCCUCAAAGCAGCUGCUCAUGAUGCAGUUUCAGGGAUGCUUUGCGUUUGUUUUUUAUAACGAGCAUCUGGUUUGUCAUGAUGUCUGUAUUUCAAGUUACAAAACAGUUCUUGGAUUUAAUUAUGCGUCUGUUCCACACAAAAAAAUCUAACCACUUUCUUUGCUGGGCUAAGAAAAUGUGUAAUUUCUUUUAUUUUGAGGGGACACUUUCAUGUUGUAAUUCUCCAAUUUUCCCCUCCAUUUCCAAACUCAUUACAUAAAUUUGAUAGUCCUUGCAAAUGUAAAGUUGUUUUUAUGCACUAAAUUAGUCUGAUUUCUUCUGCUUGAUUCCUUUUAGCGCAGAUAUAUGUAUAUGAUGAUGUAUUGCUUUUCCGGCUGACCUAUGACGUCACACCAAAACAAGGCAUCUUGGUGUACCGAAUGUCCGCUGUAGUACUGGGACAGAUUACAAUUAUUACGUCUCUAUUGGCUAUGCUGAUGUUAACUAACAGACAGCAUCAAGAAAUCAUCUGAGCUUGUGCCACUAAUUUGACACCACUACCAAAAAGGUCCUCCCGCAGUUGAUGGAUGCAGGUCCGAAGCAAAGAUUAAUGAGAGAGAGUUGUUUUGAAGGAUUCUUCAGACGGCGAAUGGAAAGAAAACAUUGACUGGCUUUAAGUUUGUUUGUUAGGAGGAUUGAUGGAAGUACUUUAGAUCUGGAAGAAAAGACCGUUCGUGCCCCGAUACCGCUUCAAAUUAGGUUUGCUAUUGUUCUGGAUACAUUUGCGCAAAAUGCAGAGUUAUUGCAAAUCAAUUUGGAGUGCACAAAUGCAGCGUGAAGAGGUUUGUGUACGCUUUUAUUCUUUGUCUUGUAAAAUACCUGCAGUGCGUCAUUCUCCUCCAUGAUCUCACUCGUAUUUUGUUUCUGGGGUCCAAAUGAAGCCGACGUUCACCAUUUCCUUGGCUACCUUCUUAAAUAAAUCUGUUUCUUUUUUUCCCCUCCCAUCGAUGCACUUCAAAAUGUUUCGGUAUUUUAAUUUGUGAAGCAAAUAAACAGUCCCCUCUUUUUUCCAGUUGAUGCCUAUGUUUUGAUCAUACUUGCCAACCUUUAGACCUCCAAAUUCAGGAGAUGGGUGGGGUUGUAUAUUGUAGCCCGGAAGAGUUAGGGCUGCAAGGAAUUCUGGGUAUUUGUUCUGUUGUGUUUAUGUUGUGUCACGGUGCGGAUGUUCUCCCGAAAUGUGUUUGUCAUUCUUGUUUGGUGUGGGUUCACAGUGUGGCGCAUAUUUGUAACAGUGUUAAAGUUGUUUAUAAGGCUACCCUCAGUGUGACCUGUAUGGCUGUUCAUCAAGUAUGCCUUGCAGUCACUUGCGUGUGUCUGAUGAAGACGCCUACGACAUGUGACUGGGCCGGCACGCUGUUUGUAUGGAGAAAAAGCAGACGCCACAGGCAGUGUCAUCACGGCACGCCCUCAAUGUUGUUGUCCGGGUAAAAAUCGGGAGAACGGUUUCCCCGGGAGAAUUUCGGGAGGGGCAGUGAAAUUCGAGAGUCUACCGGAAAAAUCGGGAGGGUUGGCAAGUAUGGUUUUGAUUGAAUGAGGUGGCGACUUGUCCAGGGUGUACCCCGCCUUCCGCCCGUAUGCAGCUGAGAUAACCCCGAAAAGGACAAGCGGUAGAAAAUGGAUGGAGUAUCGCUUCAGGCGAAACAGGAGGGGGCUCCAAACUGCAGAAUGUUAAAAAAAAAAACAAUACAAUUUUUUGUAAAUUGCGCACCCUGUACACUUAAUUUGAAUAUCCAUCAAUUUUCUACCGCUUGACCCUUUCGGGGUCGCGGGGGGUGCUGGAGCCUAUCUCAGCUGCAUGGAACAUUUUCUUAAAAAAACAAAACAAUCUAACCUAUGACGUGACAUAUUUGCUACCUGCUGGUGGAAUCGUUUUAUGAUCGAAGAAGUGGGGCAAUUUUAUCUGAUUGAUAAUUUUACGAUCCUAGUUAUCCAGUGCGGCCUAUAAAGCGAAGAAAGGAGGAGGAGGGAAUACAGACUGAAAGCAAAUCUAUGAAUGUAUGUACAUUUAGCUCAUUCAUUUUAGUGUUAGCAUCAUGACUUCUUAUAUGGGCUAACAGCAACAGGCUGGUGUUGCAGUUAUUCCUAUUCAGGGACCAUCGAGAGUAGUUCGCACAUGAUAACUAAUAAACGCUAAAUUGGGUGAACUUCUUAAACUAUAAGCAACACUAACUGAUGCUACCUCAGCAGAAGCAUUUAAAUCCCAUCUUAAAACUCAUUUGUAUACUCUAACCCAGGGGUGCCCAUUACGUCGAUCGCGAUCUACCGGUCGAUCGCGCAGUGUGUGUCAGUCGAUCGACAGCCAGGCAUUGAAAAAAUAGACCUAAAACAUUUGCGAUCAUAAAUCUUCCCUAUGACGCAGCAUCUGUGAUGGUAUGAGGGUGUAUUAGUGCCCAAGACAUGGGUAACUUACACAUCUGUGAAGGCGCCAUUAAUGCUGAAAGGUACAUACAGGUUUUGGAGCAACAUAUGUUGCCAUCCAAGCAACGUUACCAUGGACGCCCCUGCUUAUUUCAGCAAGACAAUGCCAAGCCACGUGUUACAUCAAUGUGGCUUCAUAGUAAAAGAGUGCAGGUACUAGACUGGCCUGCCUGUAGUCCAGACCUGUCUCCCAUUGAAAAUGUG